AUGAAAGGUCUCGAUCUUUCCAACCGCCUCUCAGGGAGAUGGCUUCUCGCCUUCAUCACUAUAGCCAAUGCAUGCUCAAUGGCCUGGUUUGGCUACGACCAAGGCGUCUUUUCCGGCGUCCUCAUCUCGGCGGACUUUAAGAAACACUUCCCCGAGACCAAAAACGCGAACACCUCCGGCAUAACGUCUAGCUGUUUCUCCUUGGGCGCGUUCUUUGGCGCCCUUUGUGCUUUUACAUUCGGCGACAAACUAGGUCGCAAAAAGACCAUUAUUCUAGGCCUAUCCUGCAACGUUGUCGGCGCGGUCCUACAGAUCGCCUCAUGGCAUUUGCCACAGAUGAUCGUGGGCCGGAUCAUCAACGGUUUCGGGAUGGGGUUGACCUCGUCAACGUGUCCCGUCUACCAGGCCGAAUGCUCUAGUCCGCGUUCGCGGGGAAAGCUCGUCGUCGUCGGGUCGAUGUCCAACACGGCGGCGUUCUGUCUUGCGAGCUGGAUGAACUACGGUCUGUAUUUCCAGGGGAGCGCUCUGCAGUGGCGAUUCCCGCUUGGGUUUCAGCUCGUCUUCCCUGUGGUCGUUGCGACCGCCCUGCUGUUUGUCCCCGACUCGCCGCGAUGGCUGUUACUUCAGGAUCGGCCGGAUGAAGCACUGCAGGUUAUUGCGCGGCUUGCUGGACCGAAUGUGGGUAUCGAUGAUCCAGACGUGACCAAGCAGUUUCUGUCGAUCCAGUCUGUCUUGCAGAUGGAGCGCCAGGAUCGCGUCCCCAUUACUGAUGUGCUCCGGUGUCGGGAUAAGACACAGACCCUGCGGCGCCUGCUUCUCUCCUGUGGGACACAGUUCAUGCAACAGUUCUCGGGGGUCAACGCGCUCGGGUACUAUCUACCCACGCUACUUCAGCAGAGCGUCGGGCUUGAUGAAGAAGAAAGCCGAUUACUGACCGGUGUGAAUGGCACGAUCUACCUUUUAGCCGCCAUGUGUUGCUUGCUCAUCAUUGACCGGUUUGGUCGGAGGAAGAUGAUGCUUUACGGGUCUGUCACCAUGGGAUCGUGCUAUCUGAUUGCAGCGAUCUGCCUGAAGACUGCUGAGAGUGAUGUCUCGCGGGAGAAACUGCUUGGCCGCGUCACGACUGCCAUGUUCUUCCUCUACUACUUCUUCUACGGAACCAGCUUCGCAAAAGUGCCCUGGGUUUACAACUCUGAAGUCAACUCACUCGGCUGGCGAACGCGAGGUGCCGCCGCCGCUACGGCAACGAAUUGGAUGGGCGGGUUCAUCGUCACGCAGUUUACUAAGGUUGGGGUGGAUAACUUGCACUGGAGGUUUUACCUGAUGUUCGCAAUCAUUGUCUGGGCGUACUUCCCAGUCGUCUUUUGCUUGUAUCCGGAGACUUCUCGCCGUACUCUUGAAGACAUGGAUGAGAUAUUCCUACGCAAUCGAUCAUUGAUUACGCAAUAUGCCCUCAAAUGA